AUGUUCACCAUCACCUAUACUCAUCCAGUUCUCCUAUUCCUUAUCCUACAUCGACUAUCGGCUGAACGUCGUGUUAUUCCCAUGGAACGGCCACCAGAUCUUCUUCCUAGUAACCCCUUCCUUCUCCCACAAGCCAACAUCUCCCCAAUAUCUGACUGGCCACCCCUAACAUCACCUCUCACACCUAUGAAUCUGUUCCAACCUUUAGGGGAGAACCCCAUCCCUCCAACUUAUUCCCCUUUCAAAUCGGACUUAGGUACUAUGCAAGAAUAUGCAAUUCCUGGCCCUGCAACCCCGAUCAUUGCUGCUCCGCCAGCACCUUUGCUAUUUCCUUCACCUUUUGUGCUACCUCCUCCAACUCUUCCUCCUCCACCCUCUGCUCCUAUCACAUUCCCAUCAAUUUACCCGAACCCAAGGAGAAGCACUGUAAAGCCCAUUAACAUCGAUCCAGAGGCUAUAAUGGCUGUGCCAGAGAUUAUCCAACAUUGGGGAUACCCUGUAGAAGAGCAUCAAGUGACAACUGCGGAUGGUUAUAUUCUUACUCUACACCGCAUACCACACGGGAAAAGUAAGUGA